AUGGAUAACGUCAGACGUUUCCAGGAUGAUGUGCAAUGUUCAACAUCGCUGGAGAUGGGACGACGAAAGCUGCCUUCCAUACCAACUCAACGAGCAGAGAAGGUCAGCGAAACACCUCCCGCUCCCGUCUACCUCACUUCAAGCGCUCCCACUGUUAUAUCGUCUUCGCCAGAUCGACAGUACCAUCCAUAUCAUCAGCAGUAUCAAACUUCUCAGGAUCAACGUGCCUACUCGCGACCUGUUACGCCUCGUGUUGUUCCUGUACCCGACCUGACUCAGCAGCCAUCUCCUUCGUCAGCGUACCGGACGACCGUCGAUCCUGCCAUCCUUCCUGGUGCAACUAUCAUUCAUGCGAAGUCGAACCUGCCUGUACGACAAACUACUUCGGCUGCAACUGGCGGCCGAGCCUCCGCGGUGCUUACGCAACCAGUGGGCGCGAAAAUGCCUAGUCCACUGGCACGGGUUUUGCUCAAAAAAGAACUCAAGGAAGUUCUUGAGAGGCGCCGCGAAUCGCUGGAAGCCUGUGAAAUCGAAGCAAAUCAGCGGCAGUAUACUGUUCAUCGAAUGUUGAUUACCGGACUGUUACCGGAAUACCGUCCGGCUGAUAUUGACAACAUCCCGAAUGUGAUACCCUGCUUACUGCCAAUCGAGUUGAUCAGUGGUGCCCGCAUUGUACCUCCGGGUGACUUGUCAUCGAACGCAACAACCGCAACGACUGCCACUACCCCGGUACAAGAACGGUUGCUUCCCCCUCCACGUCCUGCAUCGGUGCAAAGCGAAACCCAAGAAGUAGGCGUCUCAACAGACGAUUUUUGUCCGGAACCGAAACUGAAAUCAGUUGGGACACAGUCGGAAACUUCUGUAGCUACUUCUGCUUCUACGACAACCACUACUAUUACUGCUACUCCGUACACUGCCAUAAUAACUCCAAGCUCAAUGUAUCAAAGUUCCAGUGUUGCUUCCACGUCACUGAGGCGACAGAUUGAACAUGGUCGUUUCGGACCCUCAUCAGCUGCGCUUCCUCGCUUGCGCACUGCAGAAACGCAAACAAACGGCGUCGCAUCCUACGAGAGUCAGUAUAAUGGAAAACUGUCCAGUGGACGUCGCCACAAAAGCUCCACAAGCGGCACUGCGAGCAGCAGUAACCAGUUUUCGGCUUCGGAACCAAAUUUGCUGGAAUCGACCGCAAAGUAUUUUGCUGAAUAUGAUCGACAGUUACGCGAGCAUGGACGGCGGAUGAAGAAUCGUUUCGCAUUCACAGACGAUGAUUCAACGUUACGGGAAUCCCGAAAGCAGCGAAUUAUGGAUGAGCUGGCGCAACGGAGGGAGAAGAUCUCUUCGCUAGUUGACCUGCGUUCGCCUCCAAAUUUCUUGACCAUUCAUCCAACGUCAGACUACUCUUCGACUGUUCCACAUUACGGGUCGUUACCUCGGAUCGAUUUUCCCACCACGCGUUCACCACGUUUGCGCUUGCGUGAUUACACAAGUCGUGGACGCAGUCGUCGCAACUCCCCUUCGUUUGGUGGUUAUGGUUACGGGUCGCUCCCGCGAAAUUAUGAGCGUUUCAUAGAGCGUGACUAUGUUGAUGCUCAAGAUGAUUUGUUGCGACCACUGCCUAAUUCGGGGAGAUGUUAUGACGCUUUAUCCAGAUCCUGGCAAGAUCUUAACCAGCCUCUUGAGAAUGCUUUCGUGGAUCCACAGAUGAGGUUGUAUUCAUCACGUGCUACGAAUUACUUGAACCCUCAGUCGCUUUAUCCACGUUAUCAGGGAGCAGGUGCGUCAUUUGGGCGUCCAGUGAUGAAAACUGUUUAUGAUGAUUUAUAUACGCCACCUCCAGCACCUCCACCUCCGCCGGAUUACGUGAAUACGGCCCCUUCACGUGCGCAGCAACAUUUUGAAGGUCAUCAGAGCUUGUCGAACGCUGAUAUUAUUUCGCAGUAUGCAAAUUAUUUGAGCAACCAGUUCAUCAGUGAUCAGCAAAAACUGAUGAAUGGCUACUACCCAGCGAACGAGCCUGUUUGUGGAAAUCAAACAGAUCAGCACUCCUACUCUGCUACUCGUUACGGCGCACCCAAUGCUGGCAUGCAGUCAGCAGCGCAACCUCCUGUCUUAAUGGAUUAUCAUGACACGAUUUCGCCACAAAUAGAGGUUGCACAGCAGUUGAAUGAGCAGCAAAUGCAAGGAUUAAACCGAAGAAUUUUGGAUUCAUGUGCAUAUGGGCCACUGCCACCACCCGUUCGAUACGCUCAAGCUAGACAGUAUGACAGUUGGCCCUUGUAUCAGCAACAGCCCACUUGUUAUAAUACAGCUGCAAAUGUCGCAGCUCCGGCGUAUCGUUAUUCCGGUCACCAGUCAAGGCUAGCUUCCACAUUGCCAAACGUCAUAUCUCUUCCUGGCCAGGUUUAUAGUCGAAAUGACACCAAUUACGGUUCACGACCAACUCAUUACGCUACGGAGUAUGGGAAUUAUUAUCGGAACCGUGUAGCUCGGCAGCUGGAAGAUGUUUCCGGUCAGAACUAUGUGACACCGAAUCAGCUUCCGUAUGCUACGCAUUAUCAAAGCAGUCCUUUCAUUGCAAGCGGAGAUGGGUCGCGUUCUGUAAUUCAACCGUCUGUAUUUAUGGAUGUUGUUGAUCCCUGGUUUAAUCAGCCAUACACAUCUCGAGCUUGGUCCAGUGGAAAUCUGCCUACAAACACCUAUGAUGCAGUAUAUCCAAAAGAAGAUGUCCUGAGUCGCAUGUAUUCAGCGUUGGGCAACAGUCGCACUGCCGCGCGGAUGACCCCCCAAUAUGGUAAUAUUUCAAGUUCUUUACAGUAUCUAUAA